ACUCGAUGCCGAAAAAACCAGCAUGGAUAUCAACAAUAAUGCCAAAUUACAACAACUCAUGGCACGUGUAAAACAACUCGAGGAGCAGGAACAUCAAUUGAGCACGGAGGCGGAUGAGUUGCGCGAACAAAAUGAACUGUUGGAAUUCCGGAUACUCGAAUUGGAGGAAACGAAUGAUAAGGUAAGUAAAGUGGCUUUAAAUGUGCGCCUAAAUGUAGGCAAUAGUGGAUA